AUGAACAUUCUCAUCAUGUGUAAGGACGAUGCAGAAACGAUCAGAAUGAGCACAGAGUUUAUUUUGCAGCUCGACAGCAUCAUCACAUAUACUUCUCUGGUGGCGUAUGUGCCCACUUCGUUUUGCAUUGCACCCUCGUCCUGCCACAAUAUUCAUUUAGAGACAUGGGAUCCUGGUUGCGAGCAGUUACAAAACCUGGAUCUUGUGCUCGCCAUCGGCGGCGAUGGUACAGUUUUAAAUGCCGCGUGGCAAUUCCAAGGUCCGCCUAUACCACCGAUCCUACCGAUUUUCCUCCGAGGUACGCUCGGCUUCCUAACACUAUGGGACCUUUCGUCGACAUUUGAAUUGCUUUUAAAGGUCCCUUUAAACCUGCCAUCUAUUUCGGAGCGAAUGCGCCUGUGCUGCAAGAUUAUCUAUCGAACUGGCGAUUGUUCCCGUCUUUUUCAUGUCCUUAAUGAAUGUGUGGUCGAUAAAGGCGCCUAUGGCGGCCUACUGAAGCUGGAGUUGCAUGCUGCAUCUCGCAUGACAGAGGCAUCUUUCAAUCGAGCGGCGACCUCGUGUGACGCAGAGGAGCCUUUUUACCGUUUGUUGUCGAUAAUAUCUGCCGAUGGUGUGAUAGUGGCCACGCCCACAGGAUCGACUGCCUAUUCUGUACACGAGACUUUCUAA